AUGAUCUCAACAGCUUCUGCAUUUUAUCAGAAGCAUAGAGUAAAUUUACUGCGUUCUUCAUACAUAAUAUUGUUGCUAGCCACGCUUUACAAUUCAAAUUCCAGUUCUAGUAACAACAAAACUGAUAAGAAGGAUUCUGAGUCAACGGUUUUAGAAAAUAAGAAAAUUGAAGAGGGAAAAGAAACCGCAGUAGAUAGAGAGGAAGAUGAAAGUAGCAAAGAAGAGUUAACGAUAGUCUCCAAACAUAGCACAGAUUCAGAAGAUGGUGCAAUAAUAAUUGAUAAAGAAAGCAAGACUAAUCAUAAGGGGGGAGAGCGAAAAGGAAAGGUAGAUUUUUUGUUCAAACUUUUGCUUCAUGAUAAGAAGUGCCUCAUUUUAUUUAUUACACAGGCUAUUCUUCUGAACAUCAGAACAUUGCUGUCUCUUCGUGUGGCUACUUUAGAUGGUCAAUUAGUGUCCACACUAGUAAGAGCUCAAUACGCAAACUUCACAAAGAUAUUGUUGGGGAAAUGGAUGAUCCUUGGAAUUCCCGCCAGUUUUAUUAAUUCACUGAUCAGUUACACGACAAAACUUUGUGCUGUCACUAUUAAUAGGAAAGUUUCAGACUUUCUACUCUCAAAGUAUCUAUCUAAUCACCAUACUUUCUAUUCCGUAGCUUCUGCUGAAUCUGUUUCAGAAAUUCAGGAUAAUUUGACAAAAGAUAUUUACACAUUUUCAAUGAACUCGUCAUUAUUACUGAAUCAGCUAUUAAAGCCAAUGCUGGAUUUGAUCCUCUGUUCAUUCAAAUUAUUAACCUCAAACACUAGUGUUAUGGGUGAAGGAACUUUGGCACUGGGCUUAAUUGUCUACGCCUCCAAUUCAUUACUAAAAUUGAUUCAACCGAAUUUCACUAGGUUAACUAUGGCAAGCGCAUCUUUGGAAAGUUGGUUCAGAUCUUUACACUCGAAUCUACAUUCAAGCAAUGAAGAAAUUGCACUGCUAAGAGGGCAAAAGAGGGAACUAGAAAACGUUGAUUAUUCAUUUUACCGUUUGGUGCUAUUUUUAAACAGAGAAAUAAAGGCAAGAGCUAUUUAUGAUGUUGCUACUGCAUUUGUCAUUAAAUAUACUUGGGGCGCAGCUGGCUUGGUACUAUGCUCGAUUCCAAUAUUUUUCAAAAACAAACCUAGUGAAGACACCUUACAGCUUAAGGAACCCGGGAAUGAUAUGACGGCUGAUUUCAUCACAAAUAGAAGAUUAUUAGUCACUGCAUCUAGCUCUAUCGGAAGAUUUGUGGAACUGAAGAGAAAUAUACAACAAUUACGCGGUAUCAGAUUGAGAUUGAACAAGUUCAAUGAUUUGUUGGAUGCUAAUAAAGGUGAUGACGAAAAAGAACCAAGAGAUGAAAGGUGUAUAGUGGAAUAUGAUGAUUCAAGGAUAAAGUUUGAAAAUAUUCCUUUAAUAACACCUGCCAAUCAAGUUCUAGUACCGGAGCUAAGUUUUGAUCUGAAGCAUGGAAAUCAUCUACUAAUUAUUGGGCCCAACGGUUGCGGUAAAUCUUCAUUAUUUCGUAUUCUAGGCGGGCUUUGGCCGAUAAGGGCGACUCCCAAUAAAAAUCAUCAAUCCAAGUUAAUAAUGCCGCGUAGAACUGUGGAUAGAGAUUGCGCAAUAUUUUAUUUACCCCAAAGGCCGUAUAUGGGCAAUAGGUCGACAUUCAGGGAACAGAUUAUUUAUCCAGACAGUAUUGAACAAUUCAAAGAAAGAUAUCACAAUGAUUAUGAUCUAGGCGAUGCAGAUUUAAUAAAAAUUCUGCAAUUAUUAGAUUUGGAGGAUUUAGUCACUGAAAAUAUGUCACUUCUGCUGGCGCAAAGGACUUCCAAAAAUGAUUCACAGCAGUUGUCGACGGAAGACAAUCAGUCACCAUGCGCCAUUAAAGUUCGUGAUGCAUUCAGUAUAGUAAGAAAUUGGUCCGAAGAAUUAACAAUUGGUGUCCAACAAAGGUUAGCUAUGGCAAGGAUGUACUAUCAUAAACCCAAGUUUGCUGUGCUCGACGAAUGUACAUCUGCAGUAGCCCCAGAAAUGGAACAAAGGAUGUACGAAAAUGCGCAAAAUUUUGGUAUCUCGUUAAUAUCAGUUUGCCACAGGACAAGUUUAUGGCAUUUUCAUAACUAUCUGUUAAAAUUUGAUGGUAAAGGCGGAUACCAAUUUGGACCGUUUAACCCGAAGGAAAGGUUAUGUAAUGAAGAAAAACUUCUUGAACUAAAUGCCAUCUUGGAUCAACAGGUGCCACUUUGGGAGCGGAAGUUGAAAGAUCUGACAAUUGCUAAAGAAUCCAACAUCAUUCGUAAAUCAGAAACUAACCUGAAUCUUUUUGAAAAGAUCGAAGAUCCAAAAACGUCCAAAUCUAAUGCAUUGUUUAAUGCAAAUAAAGGGCAGCGAAUCACAUCACCUACAGGGCAGGAGACUAGUAAGAGAUUACCACUAUUUUCCCAACCAUCUAGUUCAGCAUCAUCAAAUUUACUAAGAAACAAUAAAAGCUUGAACAAAAAAGUUAAAACAAAAAAGGAAGAAGGAAAGGAGAGGUAA